UUAGGCAAAACGUAAACAACAUAAAGACCAAAGAAACAGCCAUUAAACUUCUAAACUUCCUUUCAUUACUCUUUCAAUCAUUAUCUCUCUCUUUCUGUCUCUUAUGUCGUUGUUUUGAAUUUUGUUUUCUUUCCUAUCACUAUUUCUUUUUUCAAAUUUGCUUUCUUUUUUGGGUUAUAUGUGAAUUUUGGUUAUUUUCUUGAACAAUUAUGGAGGGCAACUCUGUAAAUUUCAAGUCUCGUGUUGAAGAUGAAGUUGAUGGAAUUGGGAAAUCAGAGAAACCUAGGGUUUCUGAUUCUCUGCCGGAUAAUGGGGGACUUGAAUGUUCUAUGGAGUACUUUAGUUCUGCAGCCACAGUUGGACUGGGGUCGCCAAGAAUGACUAUAUCUGGAGAAAAUUAUCCUAGGAGUGAUGCGGAAAAGAAAGGAACUAAAACGAGCCAGAGAAAUGUGGGGAAAUACUUCUUUUAUGACCCACCACUUUCUGAAGAAACUGGGGUUUGGAUACCUGUUUCUGUUCCGCCCAUGUCGGAUAGUGAUCAUGAAGAGUGGAAUCGAGGUUUUCACUCAAAUGGUGGUUAUUUUCCCGAGGGUGAUAUGGGUUGGAACCACUACUUUGAAAAAGAAAAGGAAUUAACCAUGUGGGAUGUUAUAGCAGAAAUGUUACUUGCAGCUCGUGGAAAAGUGGGUGCUAUUGCUUCAGGUGAUAUAUACAAGGGUAGUUUUUCAUGGGUAUCAAGUAAUUUACUUGAGCAAGCUUGGGAGGAGAUGGCUCAAACUCUCACGGAAGCAACUUUUGGUAAAGUGACGGAGAUUCUUGAAGCAGACCCACCAAAAUGGUUGGCUGACAGCGCAGCCUCUGCUUGCAUGCUGUGUGGUGUCCGAUUUCAUCCGAUCAUGUGCUCUAGGCAUCACUGCAGGUUUUGUGGAGGAAUAUUUUGUGGUGAGUGCUCUAAAGGAAGGAGCUUAUUGCCAGUAAAAUUUCGUACUGCAGAUCCUCAACGAGUAUGUGAUGUAUGCUGCGUUAGGCUUGAGUCUGUACAGCCAUACCUGAUGGACCAAGUAAGCAAUGCUGCCCAGCUACCAACCCAUGACUUGACGGACCUUAGUACUUUGAGAUCCUGGGUUAAUUUUCCAUGGGGACAAUCCAUGGAGUACGAGAUUUACAAAGCAGCAAACACGAUUCAGGGUUAUAACAAGGCAGUUUGUCUAAAACCUGAAAAAUCAAUUCCAGAUGCCAUACUACGAAAAGCGAAAGGCCUUGCAAUUAUCACAGUUGCAAAAAUUGGGAUGAUGGUUACAUAUAAUGUUGGAACAGGGCUUGUAAUUUCUCGGAGGGAAGAUGGCUUGUGGUCGCCGCCCUCUGCCAUAUCUUCAUUUGGAAUGGGAUGGGGAGCUCAGGCUGGAGGUGAAUUGACUGAUUUCAUUAUUGUGUUGAGAACAAGUGAUGCUGUCAAGACAUUUUGUGGCAAUGCACAUCUUUCCAUCGGUGCUGGUUUGAGUGCUGCAGUUGGUGUUGUUGGACGGGCUGUCGAGGCUGAUCUGAGAGCUGGUGAUGGUGGUUAUGCUGCUUGUUAUACGUACAGCUGCAGUAAAGGAGCUUUUGUCGGAUGUUCGCUUGAAGGGAGUAUUGUGACAACGCGCUCGAAAGAGAACUCCAGAUUUUAUGGUAGCCAGUCAAUAACUGCAUCAGACAUACUUCUUGGCUCUUUACCGAGACCACCUGCUGCAGCCAUUCUUUAUCGUGCACUUUCAGACCUAUCUCAAAAAGUUCGAGGUGAUUGAUUUGGGGUUGGGUAUUAAUGAUCUUUUCGCUCGAUAUCUUCCAGAGGAAUCUCCCAUCCAUUAAUUAAGAUUUUAUCAUCCCUAUGCUUUGGCAAUAUGAAAAAUAGCUGGCAAUGUGUACAGGAUGUUCGCACGCAGGGCCCCUACUGCUGCCUCUAGCUCUUUUCUGGAUUGUAGAAAAGAAGGGGUCUGUACAUGAAGCAAAUGUAAUACUAGUGUAUAUAAUGACAGAUACAAUGCGUGAACAACCUUGAAAGUAUCCCGAUGUAAAUACAACAUUAUAAUUCUUUUCUAAUAAAGGAAAGAGGAGAAGCUGUUCUUUUCAAA